AUGAGCAAAAGCAAAGGAAAUGUUGUUGACCCACUAGAAUUGCUAAAAAAAUAUUCAAAAGACCCAUUACGUGCCUAUUUUGUGGCCAAAAUCAGUUUUUUGAAAGAUGGAAGUUUCAGUGAAGACUUGCUAAAAGAAUUUUACCAAGAUUUUUUUAUUCAUAAUUUAGGUAAUCUUUGCCAGCGAGUAGGAAAAAUGAUCGAACUAUACAACGAUAGCGUUAUUCCUGCUUUUGCGGAAACGAAAAACACUCAUUUAAAGAACUAUUACCAAAACUGCUUGACAAUUAUUAAGAAUUACCAGCAAAAAAUGGAUAAUUACCAACUGACUAAUGCCUUUCAGGAAGUUGAGAAAUUAUUAAACGUUAGUAACAAAUUAAUUCAAGAGGUUGAACCUUGA